UACUCUUGGAGCAUAUAUGGUAACUAAGGGUGCAAAAUGGUGGACUCUGAAAGACAGGGAGAUGAGUUUUCUAGAUACCACUUCAUAGAAGGCUUUGCUGCCUAGCUGCGAAGAGUGUGAUCAGCAGACACUUCUGAUGACAACUAAAUGUCAGAUCCUUCAGGGUCUGCCUCAACUGCAGAGAACUGCCUCACCUAAGGGGAUGGCUUUCCUGGACAGCCCACACCAGACGACUGAGCAAGGCAGGGUUUAAUGGUCUAGCCAUUUCCACCUGACCCAGAGACAGUGCCACAAUCACUCCAGAGCUCUCCAUGAGUUGACCAAGGCUUUGUUGAACCUGCAUUGCAGUCCGACUUUUCUCUCUGCUCACUCCUGUUUCUCCUCUCUUCCUUUCACAGGAGUUAAUUACUAAUAAGCAUCUUUGUACCUCAACGUCUGUCUCAUGUCUGGUUCAGGAGAACCCUAACGUUUAUUUCACAAAUAGAAAUGAAUCCUGCACUAUAGUUGGUGCUGAGGCAAGAAUACUUGUUUUUAAAAGUUUUCUAUGCUCAGAGAAUAUAAUUUGAUCCUAGCAUAACUAGUGUAUGGCAAAGGAACUGUUUUGUUGAGGAUUUUUAAUGUAUUCAUCAUAGCUUUCAAUGUGGUAUACUUUUACUUCUCUCCUAGUCUUCAAUCUUAAGGAAAAACACUGUAAUUUUAUUUUACCAAAAACAUAAGAAAUUUUCUUCCAAUGUAGUUUCUGUCUUCCCUCUAAAACAGAAUUGAGGCAUUGUCUAGUAACAAGGUGGGGAAAUCAGUUUCCUCAACAGGAAACAUAGUUUCUAUUGGUCACCUCCCUCAGCUGUUUACUGAGAAGAAUUUUUUUGAUUUCAGUUACGGUAAAGCUCUUUGGAUUUUAGCCAAAUUCUCUGAGUUCAAAAGUACAAAGCUCUUUAGGAGGCUUGCUCUUUUUAAAUAUUUUUUCAGAGGUUAAAAAUUAAAUUUCAAAAGACUAUCCAGGGUAGAGAAGAGACCCUGAAAGCCUCCAAGAUGAAGCUUGCUCAUGUUAUUUUGUUAUUUUUGUGCUUCUACAAAAGUUUUUGCAAGGAUACAGAUGAAAAUCAAGAACAAUGGACAAAGAAACCACAGCUUCCUUCGACAUCAUACAUACCUCAAAAGGAUCUGCUAGACAACAAGUGCCUAAUUGAAAAAUACACACAUCUCUCCUGCAAAAAAGUCUUCUGUCAACCAUGGCAGAAAUGCAUCGAUGGGACCUGUAUCUGUAAACUCCCUUAUCAGUGCCCAAAGAAUGGUACCUCAGUGUGUUCAACUAAUGGGAAAAGCUACCUAACUUACUGUCAGCAGAAGAGUUUUGAAUGUCUUCAGCCAACGGCAAAGUUUUUAAAUAGUGGAACAUGCAUAGCUGAAGGACAAUUUAGUGUUUCCUUAAAGUAUGGAACUACCACUUCUGAGGGAAUUGUUGAAGUAAAACUUGUAGACCAAGAUAAGAAAAUGUUCAUAUGUAAAAAAGCCUGGAGCAUAGUGGAGGCUAAUGUGGCCUGUCUUGAACUUGGAUUUCAACAAGGUGCUUUGGAGGCUCAAAAAAGUUUUGAAGUUCCUGAAGAUCUCCAUAUAAAUUCUACCGAAUGUCUGCAUGUGCAUUGUCGAGGAUUAGAAACUAGUUUGGCUGAAUGCACUUUUAUUAAGAGAAGAACUAAAAAUUACCAGGAUUUAGCUGGUGUGGUAUGUUACACACAGAAUACAGUUUCUUCAGCAAAUGACUCCUUUCGUUGUGUGAAUGGGAAAUAUAUUCCUCAAAAGAAAACCUGUAAUGGUGUCAAUGACUGUGGAGACCAAAGUGAUGAGCUGUGCUGUAAAGGAUGCCGAGGCAAAAGUUUCCUUUGUAAAUCCGGUGUUUGUAUUCCAAAUAAGUAUAAGUGCAAUGGUGAGCUGGACUGCAUUACAGGAGAAGAUGAAAUUGGUUGUAAAGGUGAACGGCGUAUUGAUCUGACACAUGUAUCAGGAGAUGAUGACCACAGACCUGAACAUUCUGAAAUUAAAGAAGAAACAGAACUUUUGACUGCUAAUAUGGAUGCAGAACGAAAACGGAUAAAGUCACUUCUCCCUAAACUAUCCUGUGGAGUUAAACCCAUCCGGCCCACUCGAAGGAAACGAGUUGUCGGAGGAAAGCCAGCAGAAGUGGGAGACUUCCCGUGGCAGGUGGCAAUUAAGGAUAAUGAGAAAAUCAACUGUGGAGGAAUUUAUAUUGGAGGCUGUUGGAUUCUAACUGCUGCACACUGUGUCAGUGUCAGUAAAGCUCACCAUUACCAAAUAUGGACAUCAUUUCUACAUCUGUUAAGACCUGAGGAAGAGCUAGUUGUUCAGCUAGCAAAUAAAAUUAUUAUCCAUGAAAACUACAAUGGAAGCAGCUAUGAAAAUGACAUAGCUUUGAUUGAAAUGAAAAAACACUCAAAGAGAAAAGAAUGUGUGCUGCCUAAUUCUGUCCCUGCCUGUGUCCCCUGGUCUCCAUAUCUAUUCCAGCCUAAUGACAGAUGCAUUAUUUCUGGCUGGGGCCGAGAAAAAGCAUAUGCUAGGAUUUCACUGAUGAAAAAUAUGGACACAGUCAUCAAAGAGUGCAGAGGCUGGAAGAUUGAAAGACAAAGACCAGUUCUCAAGGGACUUGCAGUCCAGAGGAGGCAUCAGAUAUGAAUGUCACCAUCAGACAGCAGAAUGGGACAGAUAACCAAAAAGUCUAUUCACUUCAGUGGGGUGAAGUUAAGCUACUAGACAACUGCUCCAAGUUUUACCCCGGUCGCUACUUU